GGAAAGGGGAGGGACUCCGAUAAGUCAGGGGCGCUGCUGCUCCUCUUCCCCACUGAGCUGCGGCGCUGCUGCGUUUUAAACCUAAAAAUAAAAACAGACCUUUAUAUUCAGAGAUUUUAGACGAAGAUGCCGCGUUACAAACCGGAACGAUUUAUCUGAUCGUUUAUUUAAUUCGUUUAAAUGCGUUGCUUCAGAUCCAGACCGGCCUGAUGUGAUCUGCGCGCCGUGGGAUGCGCAGAGGAGGAAGAGGAGGAAAAGAAAAAAACAAGAAGCCUGUAGCGCAGGCUAACGGCAGCAGGGAUCAUUGCUGCAAGUUUGGCUCCGUGAACUUUGUCACAGUUCGGAGGCAUGUCCAACCCGCUGCUGCUGCGGGGGAGCAGAGCCGCAGCCGCGCUUAUCGGCCGGAGGCGCGCAGGAGGGACCGACGGGCUUCCUGGAGUUCGCCCCGCGGUUCAGAGGCGCUUCAUCAUCGACACGUCCUACUCGACGCACUUCAUGGAUUUCAAAGGCUCCUCCAUACCGAGCAGCAUGAAGAAGCUGGUGGUCACCAAGCUCAGCCAGGAUUUCAGAGAGGCCGUGACCGUGCGCACCGUGCCCGUCCCCACGCCCGGAGACGCAGAGCUCCUCGUCAGGAAUCGCUUUGUGGGAAUCAACGCCUCUGAUAUCAACUACUCUGCAGGCCGCUAUGACCCCUCAGUGAAGCCCCCCUUUGGCGCUGGCUUUGAGGGAAUUGGUGAGGUGGUCGGCCUUGGCCUCAGCGCCAGCUCUCGUUACACCGUCGGUGACACGGUGGCUUACUUCGGCAGCGGCGGAGCUUUCGCGGAGUACACAGUGAUACCCGCGAAGGAGGGUGUUCCCGUUCCCUGUGUGAAGCCGGAGUUUCUCACCCUGCUGGUGAGCGGCGCCACGGCCUACAUCGCCUUGAAGCGCCUGGGCGACCUGGCUAAAGGAGAGACCGUCCUGGUCACGGCGGCUGCCGGAGGAACCGGACAGUUCGCCGUACAGUUCGCCAAGCGAGCCGGCUGCCACGUCAUUGGCACGUGUUCGUCUGAUGAGAAAGCUGGCUUCCUCAAAUCCAUCGGCUGCGACAGGCCAAUCAACUACUCCACAGAAGAUCUCGCCAAGACACUGAGGAAGGAGUACCCGAAGGGCGUAGACGUGGUGUACGAGUCGGUGGGAGGAAGUGUCCUGGAGCUCGCUGUGAACAGCCUGGCCAAUAAGGGCAGACUGAUAGUGAUCGGCUUCAUUUCAGGCUACCAGACUGCGUCGGGUAUCGCUCCUUUCAAAGGAGGGACUCUGCCGGUCAAGCUGCUCCAGAAGUCUGCCAGCAUGAGGGGUUUCUUUUUGCCACACUUCAUCGGGGACUACAAGGAGGCCCUGAGCAGCAUGAUGCAGAUGUUUGCCAAAGGGGAGCUGGUGUGUGAGGUGGAUUGUGGGGAUAUGGCAGAAGAAGGAAGAUUUGUGGGCGUUGAGUCGAUUUUCAGGGCAGUGGACUACAUGUAUGCAGGGAGAAAUCUAGGCAAGGUGGUGGUGGAGGUGGCACCUCCGACUGCUGAUAAAAGCAAACUGUGAUUUACCUCAAAGAUGUUGCACUAAAAUCAGAUCAAUCUGUGAUUAACCUCAUGUGGCCUUAGAGUUUAAAUUCUAUUAUUAUAGGAUCUUUAUUAUAAAAAUGAUUAAUAAACAUAUUUUUAAUUAUAAAAU